GUAGUCGCCAUGGAUGCGUACCCCCCCGAAUAUGUCCACCACAGCCUGCCUUUCGUGGUUCUGUCUGGCCUAGGAAGUCGCCCCGAGCUUGACCCCCCUACGCCGGUUCACGACAUCUUGCCCGGACGAGCUGCCGUUAAAUUGAGCUCUGACGCGCCUCUUGUUACCGACGAUCGUGCCGGUCCGCUGUUGGAUCACCUCUUAGCCUAUGAUGCUACCGCCACAACGCGCAGCGGGGGAAGCCCGUUUGAUGCCAGUACGAGCUUCAGGAUGCGCGCAACAGGGAGGAACUUCCAAUUGCCUCCAAAGAAGGCCGAUGCCCCUUCAAUCUCAAAUUCAGACACCACCCCACCCAGCAGUCCUACCAUAGCCGCCCCAACAUCUUGGAUCUUACACUCUCCCAUUUCCCCGCUCUCUCCAUGCUCGUCGUUGUAUCCCGAUGGUGCCAUGUCGGCUUCAUGGAUUGCCAAACAUCAGGACUAUGUGCCUUCCGUCUUUCUGGCCUUCUUUGACUUCACCACCGAUCCCAUUACCAACAGUCUACAUGACAACCAACUUAAAACCGAGAUCAACACGAUCAAGACCCAAUUACAUAGAUCCGAGUACCGUAUUAGGCUUGCCGUCGUGCUUCUUAGCAACAAGUCUAUCGCCGAGUCGCCAGACAUUGACGAACGAUUGAACAUCGUUAGGCGUGGGACAGGGCUUGAUCCCAAGACACAGAUUUUCUUCUUGCCUCCUACAUCCUCAGCUGAAUUGCAUUCUUUUGCGUCGUCCCUCUUGAAUACUCUAAGACCGAUCACCAUAGAAUAUUAUCGCGACUUAACGAAGCAUUCUCGGAGAAAAAAAGGCCGAGGUAGCAUUCCUUCACCGACCGCUCCACCAACAAGGGGCACAUCCCAGACAUUAUCCCAUCCAGGCUGGAACAUCCGCUACGAUUUCAAACUCGGUAUAUUUGCAGAAUUCCGCCAGGAAAUGGAUGCAGCGCAGAGGCACUACAAUAUCGCUUUGGAUGCUCUUUUCGGACCUGAAGGUAUAUUCGAAACCACAGCAAGCUGGUCGCCAAGGUGGGAUGAGAUCCGCUUGCUCGCUGAUGCUAUUGCGUUGCGGCACAUCAGAUGCCAACUUUGCAACAAUUAUCCUACUUCGGCAACGCAGACAUGGCUACGAUACAAAGCGAAACUCAGAGACGUGUUAGAUCGACGUGGUAAGGGCACAUCAAACUACGGGUGGGAGGCUUGGGAGUCGAAUUGGGCUGAGGUUAUGGCUCAGCUGUUACAACAAUCUGAUCUCGGUGUUUUUCGAAUCACUGCACCUCUUCCACAGACCGCUUUGUUGCCAGCUGUCGAGAUGAACGUAGUCUUUGCGCCACCCGAAAAACAGAUUCCAGUGGGCGAACGAUUACUUCCAUGGGAGCAGCUUCACCAUGCUGGGUACUGGUACAAGUUAGCCGCCGAUCACGCAAAAAAAAGAUAUCUGCUGGCAAGAGAUAUGCCCGAGGAGGAUCGUACACCACCCGGAAUGUCCCCCGCAGCCAAGGUAUCAAACAGGAACCAAACUUAUGAUGUUUAUCUUGUGCCUGAACCUCACAUUGAAUAUCCCAUUGCCGGGAUAUCUGGCGGCUUUGAACAUUGGAAGAACAUCGUCGCGAAAUUGAAUUCUGCUGUACAAGAAUAUAAUCUACGCGACCAAUCCCGCAGGGUCGAGCAACUACAACUAGAGAUCGCUAGGACGUUGCUCCAUGUCAAACAGUUCGACAAUGCCUUUGCUGUACUCCGUCCACUUUGGGAAACCAUGAGCUGGAGAAGAGAAGGGUGGUGGAGCCUUGCUUCAGAAGUGCUUUGGGGACUUCACGAAUGCGCCUUGCGUGUUCGCCAUGCUGAGACCUAUGUCGCUACUGAAUGGGAGCUUUACUCCAAAUCAUUCUACGGCAAACCCAAGUAUAGGCAUGACCUAAUGUCAUGUUUGGACGGAUUCCCCCAAUCAGAUGCGUCCGACGACAAGCUUCGUAUUACAUUGGAAUCUGCUGAUUAUGCAUCUUGCCUGUCUGUUACAUUCACGUUCGGAAAGCCUGAAGGCAACGUUGGUGAAUCUAUGCAUUCGCAAAUAGUCGUCACAUCUACGGCUAGGCAGGGUUCCCUCCCAAUCACUCUCUCUGGGGUAGACGUCCAAUUCAAAGGCGGCUUGAGUAAAGUACAGUUGAGACAUAAUGCACACGAUACGGCAGAGGCCAGUACGCACACGCAGCUUUAUGAGUGCGUGUUCGAAGAGCGAGCUGCCACAGAUACUCUUAGCGGAAAAUCGGAAUGGUCCGGACAAGCCGAUUUGGAAAUACAUCCUGGACAAAUCAAAGCCUACAGCUUCCCCAUUGUAUUCCGCGAAGCAGGCGAGGUGGAAGUGGUCUCUAGCUCUGUUGGUGUAGAGACUGAUCAUUUCAAUCUUACGUAUACUACCAAAGAUGUCCAUCUCCAACCAGAGACGAUGGCAGUUUGGUGGCAAAAAUCGGGCACCACCGUCAGAUCAAAAAACCUAAACCGAACCAAUGGCAUAACGACGAAGGUGCUCCCCAAGCCUCCAAAAAUGGAGAUUCGGCUAAGUAAUGUCCGAGAGCAUUACUAUACCGAUGAGUCGAUCACGCUGGCCAUGGAAAUAUGGAACAAAGAAGAAGAGGAUACUGAAGCUGUCCUGGAAGUCAGGCUCCUCGGGCGAUCCAAAGAUACAUUAGGCUAUGCCUGGAUUCGUGAUGCCAAAUCACCUAUGAAGGAGACACCCCCGCCAUUGGAUAACGACACAGGCCUUCCUGGACACGUUGUUGGCAAACUCACAAAGAACGAGAAGACAGUCGAAAGGAUACAGUUUACUGCGCCCUCGGAACCAGCUGACUACGCAUUAGAGGUCAAGGUGCUAUACCAUGUUCUGAGUGACCGAGACAUACCCAUCUCAAAGACGCUAAUCGCCGAUCUUGUCUUCAUAGCUCCUUUCGAAACCAGCUAUGAGCUCACACCACGCGUUCACCAUGAACCCUGGCCAAGUUACUUCGAACUCGAAGAAGCGGAAGCAGAGCACAAUUCCGAAUCUACCGAUGCAUUUGGAAUAGCUCAAAAAUGGCGUCUCAAAGCCAAAGUAGCUUCCUUUGCAGAAGAACCACUUGUACUCAAAGGCCUUGCUGUUGAGAUCCGAGCGGUUCAUGGAGGUGCCAUCUGUGAAUUAUCGAGUGAAUUUGAGAAAACAGAAAUCACGAUGGACCCUCAAAAGAUACAUGACUGGCUUUUCUGUAUUGACUGUCGUAAGAUGGACCUUGAAGAGCGGAGACCAACUGGAAUUGACACCAGUCUCAACAUUGUAUGGCAAAGGCUCGACGACGAAAGCAAUUCGUCUGUUCAGACCAGCAUACCCAUCCCACGGAUUCAUAUCCCUUCCAGUGAACCCCGUGUUCUAGCGACUGCCACCAAGUCCACUUCGACUAAAGACGUGAUUUACGUGGACUAUACGCUCGAGAAUCCGACCAUGCAUUUCUUGACGUUCGAGCUGAGCAUGGAAGCUAGCGAGGAGUUUGGGUUCAGCGGAGUCAAGUUGAGGACGUUACAGCUGUUGCCAAUGAGUAGGCAAACAGUUAGAUACACAAUCAUCCCCGCGAUCAAGGGCGCGUGGAUCACGCCGCAAUUGAGGGUGACAGAUCGAUAUUUCAACAAGACGUUGAAAGUACAGGCUACGGAUGGGCUCAAGUUGGAAAAGAAAGGUGUAAGUAUAUGGGUGCCUGAUGAGGAUGGAAGAGAGCCUACCGAUUAUGCGCGGUGACCAAC